AGUGACGGGCUCGCCGUGCGGCAGUGCCGUAAAGAGAAGUCGCGGUUUUUGCUGCGAGCUGUCAGAUGGUCUAUGGCUGCGGAGCGGGGAUCGAGGCUGCCCUCGGGGCGCUGCUUGGUGCUCCUGGCUCUGCUGUUCGGCUCUGUGAGGUGUCUGGAGCCCAUCACCACGGGGAUCGCCAUAGCCACCGCCUCGGCUCUCACCGGCUACCUCAGCUCCCCGCGCUUUUACUGCCGGUUUGCGGAGUGCUGCGAGGAGGACCGGCCAUUCAAUGCUACCGCUCUCGAAGCUGAUCUCAAUAAGAAGAUUUUUGGCCAGCAUCUGGCUAACAAGAUCAUCCUGCGGGCAUUAAAUGGAUUUUUCAGUAAUCCAAACCCUAAGAAACCACUUGCAUUAUCUUUACAUGGCUGGACCGGGACGGGGAAGAACUUCAUCAGUAAAAUCAUUGCAGACAACAUGUAUCCAUUAGGCAUGGAAAGCAAAUUUAUCCAUCUGUUCAUCUCCACCCUACAUUUUCCUCACGACAGCAAGAUCCAAUUAUACAAGGACCAGUUGCAAUCGUGGAUUCGUGGAAAUGUCUCCAAGUGUGAGCGUUCAUUAUUUAUAUUCGAUGAGAUGGACAAACUUCACCCAGGACUAGUUGAUGCAAUCAAACCAUAUUUGGACUAUUAUGAUCACAUAGAUGGUGUAUCCUAUCGCAAAGCAGUCUUCAUUUUCCUUAGCAAUGCAGGAGGAGACCUGAUUACUCGUAAGGUGCUGGAGUUUUGGAAAGAUGGGAAGAGCAGGGAAGAUUUGCAGCUUAAGGAUCUGGAAUCUGUGCUUUCUGUUGGUCUGUUCAACAAUAAAAAUAGUGGAUUUUGGCACAGCACUCUGAUUGAGAAGAAUCUGAUAGAUUUUUAUGUUCCCUUUCUGCCACUGGAAUUUAGACACGUGAAAAUGUGCGUGAUGGCAGAGCUGAAGGAACGAGGCUUUGAACCUGACGAGGGUCUUGCAGGGGAAGUGGCCAAGGAAUUAACAUAUUACCCAAAAGUGGAAAAACUGUUCUCAGACAAAGGUUGCAAAACCGUGCAAUAUAAACUAGACCUCUAUAUCUAACAUCUACCCAGUGGCAGUGCCACAAGCCUACUCCUUUUUGAUGCCUUUCAUGUGGACAUGUAGCAACUGCCACGUGAUUUCGGAUUUUUUUUUUUUUUUUUUUUUUUUAACAUUCCUUGACUUGCACCGAUUUAAACAUUUUAUAUUGACUCUUGGAAAUGAUCACUUUUGACUGAUUUUUCUAUUUACAUCAAGUGGCUGUUACUUUUAUACUAAGAAUCCUCAUGGAUGCAUCAGAAUUUUCUUAAACUGUGCCUUGUUCUGUCCUGAUAAUUUGCAAAUGAAGUGGUGGACCCUUAUGACAAUUUCUCGUUGGGCGGUGUCACUUAACUGACUUUGAGCGUUUUUUUUGUCCAGCCCCCACCCACUUUCCAAAUGACCGAAAGACUCCAGUAAGGCCACCUGGAGUCAACAUUUCUAUUUUUCAUUGUUUGUUUUGUAUUAUUUUAAGAGGAAUCUUCUUGACCCACUGUCUUGGUCUAUAGUUCAUCCUCAUUCAAUUAUGGGAAAACCUGACGCCAAGUGAUUCCAACACUGCCAAAAAUUCAGUUUUACAUGGUUACUAAAUCGUAGCUAUUUGGGAGCAAGAUUUUUAUAAAUCUGUCUCAGUCACUUAAUGAUAGUUUAUAAAGAAGCACACAUUACUAGUAAAUUAUUGAAAAUGAAAUGUUUACUGCUCCAAGGUUCCAAAGUCAUCGGGGGAUUUGAAUAUUCAAUUUUAAAAAAUGUUUUGUUUUUUUUAAUGAUUAAAUCUGUAGGAGAAAUUAUGCAAAAUAAUUUAAACCAUUUUUCCAAUUUUAAUUGUUGGGUGAAAUGCUUAAUCAAUUUAAAGGUUCACUGUCAUCCUCAAAACGUAGAUGACAAGGUCAGCUUAAGAUAUGUAUAUAAGUCUAGUCUAUAUCUUGUUUCGCAGCAUGAAUGAAAAUAUGACUUCUGAUUUCUCCAGUAUGACCACUGCAAAAAAUGUAAGUGCAUCAGUCCACACUGGUCACUGAAGCAUUUCACAAACGCCAUCUUGCAGAUCCCGAUGAGCACUUAGGAUGAAAUAUUAGCCUUUGCUGACUGAUGCACACACUUGCAAUGGGCAAAUUAGUUUGGUAUUAAAAGUUAAAAAUAAAGAACAGUACAAACCGAAUGUAAAA